UUCAUUUGUGGUUUUGACAUUUCAGUCACUGCUAUAAAGACAUUGAAGAGAAGAAACUUACAUACAACUUUGUGUGUAUAGCUGAAGACGACACGGGCCAUGUUGUUGGCAGAAGCUGGAUGUGUGUUUAUGGGUUUCAUCCUCUACAGCUCAGGGCUUUCAGUAAAAAGUCGAUGUGUCCUGAAAGGUUCAACAGUGGAUCUACCCUGCUCAGCUGAACCUGCAUCUGGAGCCCACAAAUGGUUCAUUAAACAAGAAUAUCAUUGGUCUGAAAUCUCUGCAGACAGGAAUCAUCAAAGAUACACUCUGUCCAAUGAAAGUCAUCCAACCUUAAGAAUCAAAGAUCUAAGAGAGAGUGAUAACAAUGAUUAUUGCUGCAGUUAUAAAAAAAGUGGUUGUUGGAUGAAAGAAAUUAAGCUCCAUGUUGCAGACCUGCAGGUGAAGGUGAUUCCCUCCGCAGAGGAGCACAUGGUGUCACUGGUGUGCAGCAUCAGCUGUGUUCUGACUGAAGGUCCUGCAGUUUACGUCUGGUACCGGAACAGAGAGACCGUCUAUAAGGACCGGUCACCCUGGUACCAAGAGCUGGUCAGCAGCGAGAAAGCUGUCACAUACUCGUGUGCUGUCAAAGGCUACAAGCAUCUCAGAGCCCCUGAGGUCUCAGUGGAUUCUGUCACAUCGGCUUGCUUUACUGUGACCUACACUACAGGGAUGAUGUGUUCUCAUUGGGAGAAUGAGUCCUGCUCCAUCACAUAUCCAAAGAAAGUACGUGUUCAAGCUGAACCGACAUGGGGCAACCAUUCCAAGCUGACCUGUAACACCAGCUGUUCUCUGAUGGACCAACAAACUGCCUUCAGCUGGUACGAGAAUGGAGUGUUUGUACAAAAGAUCUCGCUAGUUCCCUCCACCUCUACUAAAAUAUUCUCCUGUGCUGUAAAGAGCAAUGAGUUUCUGCUCUCUGAUGAAUUCUGUUUAGAUGAAAACCACUGUGGGAGAGUUAAUUAUGCCAGCAGGAGGAUCUGUGCUCUGAAGGGUUCUUCAGUUACUAUUUCAAGUGAAUAUUUGAGUCCUGGUGAGCAGAAGACUGGAUAUUGGCUUAGGAGCGAUAUACGCAACCUGAAGACUUCACAUCGUAUAAAGCAUCACAGCAACAAGACCCACCACAACCUGAAAAUCAAUACGUUGAAAAAGAAUGACUCGGCAAAAUACGUCUUCAUAGCAGAUGACAAGCGAAUGAACUGGGUGAAUCCAACUGGAGUGACUUUGUUUGUAACAGACCUGAGUGUGCAGUUUGCUCCCUCUGCAGUGGUGACUGAGGGGCAGAGAGUCACAGUUACCUGCAGAACCAGCUGUCCUCUGGCUAAUGACACCAACUACAUUUGGUAUUUCAACAAUCAAACACUGGACCGGACUAAAAGACACAGCAAACACCUGGUUUUAGACCCAGUCAGCAGUCAGCAUGUGGGAAACUACAUCUGUGCAGUGGAAAAACAAAGACACAGGUCAGAUGAAGGAGUUCUCACAGUCCACAGAAAAACGUGGAUACCGGCUGUCGUCGGAGUCGUUGCUGUUCUCCUGGUUUUGAUUAUACCCACUGUCGUCUUCAUGUGGAGAAAAAAGACGACUUGCAGAAAGUCUCCUGGAGCUAAAACCUCUGACAACGUGGAACAGAUAAGCCUUGGCCAUGAGUAUGACGACAUCUUGGCUCCACCACCAGAGCCGGUCGAGCUCAACUACAGCACAGUUAUGUUUCCAAACUCCACAGACGUCCUCUACUCCACUGUCAAAACACAUUAGCCCCAAGCAUAUAAAGGUGUUGUGUCAAAACCUGGUUCACUGAGCAAAGAGCCACAAUCCCACCAACUAACGGAUCCCUGACACUCCAAACCUGCAGGGGGCAACCACAUCAGUGGUGGAGCCCCAGGUAACAGGAAGGAAGUGCCUGAGGAAUACCGGAAGCAUGGUGUGAAAUGUUUGGAGGUGGUUCAGUCACCUUGCUUUCUCCUGGAGACACCUCACAGCCAUAGCUCCUGAUCAACAAUUGAAGACACCACUGGUAUAGAAGUGUUGAACUUUAAGUUUGGAGGCUACACUUCCCAAAUGCCUUUGAUGUGUGUGUUUGUGGAUGCAAUGUUUUAUUUAAAUUGAGUAAUUUGGAAACUUCUUUAUAUGAUUUAUGAUGAUAGAGAUGAUUUGAAGUACUUUGUUACUUGUGCUUUUGUUACUGGUACUUUAAUCAUAACCUUUGGUGUAGCUUUGUUACUUUAAUGAUUAACCUUUUUGGAGUGAUUUAAGUUAAUUAAUCUG